GUUGGUACCAAGUACUACGUACGAAAUCGAAUUAAUUAUAAGCUGAAAACAAAAAUGUCAGAGCAAACCAUGAAUCUUUCCGUUAAUGGUCAAUCCCAGGUUCCUCCAGGCUUCCGUUUUCAUCCAACGGAGGAGGAACUUCUUCAAUACUACCUCAGAAAGAAAGUCGCUUAUCAAAAGAUCGACCUUGACGUCAUCCGUGACAUCGACCUCAAUAAACUUGAACCUUGGGACAUUCAAGAGAGAUGCAAGAUAGGUUCGGGUCCACAAAACGAUUGGUACUUCUUUAGCCACAAGGAUAAGAAAUAUCCAACCGGAACUCGAACCAACCGAGCCACGGCUGCUGGUUUUUGGAAGGCGACUGGCCGCGAUAAGGUCAUAUAUGGAGGAUUGAAGAGGAUCGGGAUGAGAAAGACUUUGGUCUUUUACAAAGGUCGAGCCCCUCAUGGUCAGAAGUCGGAUUGGAUAAUGCAUGAAUAUAGACUAGAGGAUAUCUCACAAGAUGCUAAUGCUGCCGGCGGGAACAUGGUCGGAGAAUCAGGGCCGGAAGAAGGGUGGGUUGUAUGCAGAGUCUUCAAGAAGAAAAACUAUCAUAAAGCCAUGGACUUACCUCGUCCAAAUCAAACCACAUCACAUGAUGAUAUUAAUUCCAUGGAUUAUUCAAGAUCAACUAAUUCAAUUAUCAGAAAAAAGAUUAAUAAUCUUCCAACUGAUGAUCCUGUUUUGGAUCAAAUACUUUCUUACAUGGGUGGUCGUACCAAUUGUAAACAAGAACUUAUGCAUGAAACCGUCAAUAACAACCUUCAUUUUCCGCCACCACUCGUCGAUCGUUACCUUACCCAUCUUCCGAGGCUAGAGUGUUUCCCUAAAACUAUUGUGGAAAUUGGUGAAUCUUCGAAUAAUCAAGGAUUGAACGAUUGGGCAGAGGUGGAUAGGCUCGUCGCGUCGCAACUCAAUUGUCAACUAGAUUCGCCGAAACAAUUCAUUGAAGGACAUGACCAAGAUCAUCACGAUGAUGACUUGUCAUUAUUCUCAAUGGAUCAUCGUCCACAAGAUGAUGAACAAUUAUCGCGGUCAAAUAUAAGCGGGCAGGAUGAGAUUAAUGAACUUCAAUCGUCUCAACUAGUUUAUGGAAACGAUAUUGACCUUUGGAGCUUUGUUCGAUCGUCGUCUUCUGAUCCGUUAUGUCAUUUGUCUGUCUAG